AAUGAAGCAGAGAGACCAGAGGAAGAAAAAGCUAGUGCUCCACCCCCACCUGGAAGUGAAGAGGAAACUGCGGAAAAUGGCGUUGUGAAAACGAAGGUGGCAGAGGCUGAGGAUGACAGUGAUAGUGAUAGUGAUGAUGAUGAAGAUGAUGUUCAAGUCACCAUAGGGGAUAUUAAAACAGGAGCUCCACAGUAUGGUUAUGGAGCGGCACCUGUGAAUCUCAAUAUUAAGACAGGAGGACGAGCUUAUGGAUCUUCUGGUGCAAAAGUUAAAGGGGUGGAUCUAGAUGCACCAGGGAGUAUUAAUGGUGUGCCACUUCUGGAAGUAGAUUUAGAUUCUUUUGAAGAUAAACCUUGGAGAAAGCCAGGGGCUGAUCUCUCUGAUUAUUUCAACUAUGGGUUCAAUGAAGAUACCUGGAAAGCUUACUGUGAAAAACAAAAGAGAAUACGAAUGGGUCUUGAAAUUUUACCAGUUACCUCAGCCACAAAUAAAAUUACGGCUGAAGACAAUGCUAUGGAAGUAAGACCAAGUGCAGAGAUUCUCGAUGGCAGAUACCAUCUUUUUAAGGUACAGCAGGGCAGAACUGGAAAUUUGGAGAAAGAGUUGGCAGUGCAGUCGACCAAAGCUGAUUUCACAUCUCCUCCUGCCUUAUUCAAAUCAGGAAUUCCAACAAACAGGCGAUUAUCUGGCGCAAUAGAUGUGAUUGGACAGACCAUCACUAUCAGCAGGGUGGAAGGACGACGUCGUGCUAACGAAAACAGCAACAUACAGGUUCUUUCAGAACGAUCUAAUCCUGAAGUAGACAAUUUUACCAAGCCACCUCCAUUUUUCCCUCCAGGAGCUCCACCUACCCACCUUCCACCACCUCUUUUCCUCCCACCCCCUCCAACUGUCAGUACUGCUCCACCUCUGAUUCCCCCACCAGGUAUACCAAUAACAGUGCCACCACCAGGCUUUCCACCACCACCUGGCGGUCCUCCACCUUCCCUCAUACCCACAAUAGAAAGUGGACAUUCUUCUGGCUAUGAUGGUCGUUCUGUUCGUGCAUUUUCAUAUGGCAGUGAUAACGAAGUGGAACUCAAAACAAACGAUUUAUUGAAGGCUAUGUUAUCAUUGGCUAGCAAAGCAGAUAAGCAGAAAGUGGGAAGUCCUCUGUACUUCACCUUUCCGCACCUUUCAGGUUCUGCUCCUUCAUGGUCUAGUCUUAUGGACACCAGCAAACAGUGGGAUUACUAUGCACGAAGAGAGAAGGAUAGGGAACGUGAGAGAGAGCGAUCCCGAGAUCGGGAUCGCGACCGGGACCGAGACAGAGAUCGAGAACGUACCAGAGACAGGGAAAGGGACCGAGAUCACAGUCCAACUCCAAGUGUCUUCAACAGUGAUGAAGAACGGUACAGAUACAGAGACUAUGCAGAAAGAGGCUAUGACCGCCAUAGAACAAGUAGAGAGAAAGAAGACCGACACAGAGACAGGAGACACAGAGAGAAAGAAGAGACUAGACACAAGUCAUCUCGAAGUAACAGCAGACGCCGUCAUGACAGUGAAGAAGGGGACAGCCACAGAAGGCACAAACACAAAAAAUCCAAAAGAAGCAAAGAAGGAAAAGAAGCCAGCGGUGAACCUGCUCCUGAACAGGAAAACACUGAAGCUGCCCCUGUGGAAUAGGCUUGUGUGAUUUUUGCCUACGUGCAUAUAUAUUAGUGCCAGAAAUAGAUUACUAUAAAUCUUGUUAUUUUUCUGGGUAUUAAAAUAAUUUGCUCUUAAUCUUGUUCUGUUAGUUUGAAAUCAAAGAUUACUUUGGUUUUUUUGAAAAUAAAAGAAUGAAUUUUUCAUGUUAA